UCAUCCUGAGUUGCUCACUCGUCGUCAGCCUGUUGCUUUGGUCGCUGCAAACAGCGGCAUUUCGCCUGAAUCAUAUUCGAACGCAACGGAAACAAAGUAACGUAAACACUCAACGUGCCGUGUAAUUCUGUAAAGGGUAUGAACAUUUUGGUGAUAAAUUCGGCAGGCAGAAAGAUUCCUUAAUCCUCAAACACUGGCCAUUUCAAAUUUAAAUUGAUUGGGACCGUGCCUCGUUAGCUUCAAUUAGCCGCGCGAGUGUGUGAAUUUCUGGCAGCGUUCAACGCGUAUAAGUGAAGUGUGCGGUUUAUUCAAUUUAAAAAAGAAUCUAAAAAAAUAACAAUAAUAACAUAAUAAGCUUGGUUGGCAUCGCUGUGAAAUUUGUAACAGCAACACGCCAUUUAGCUUGUCUUCGACAAAUUACUUGAAUUAAUAUCCUAACUGUGCUUAAGUAAAUAGCGUUUGUGUUGACAAGUGGAAUUCGCUUAGAAACUGCUGCUCCCUCACAAGCGCCACAUUCCUGAACAAAUAAUUGACUUUUUGGAUUAACAGCAACAGCAACGAAACGCGAACUAUGAAAGCUGCUACUAGACUUUGCCCCAUCAUAGUUCUGAUUUGCGCAGCGCGACUCGUGUGUACGGCUCAACAACGGUACCACCACAGCAGUAUUGUCGGGUACCCUCUCGACUACGCGGACGUCAAGUUAAUACAGAAAGAUUUCUCGCUGGAUAAACGAAACAAACCAUCUCUGUCAAUCGUGAAUCCUUUGGAUGUGCUGCGGCAACGUUUGUUACUAGAGAUUGCUCGAAGGCAAAUGAAGGAGAAUACAAGACAGGUGGAAUUGAAUCGUGCCAUAUUGAAGAACGUCGGUAAACGUAUGCUGAACAAUGAUGGUGACUCCAGCUACAAACUUCCAUUGCAAGAACAACAACAAUUUGAAUAUUCCCUCAAGCACAUCCCUUAUCCACAGCAAAUGUACACGUACCGCGCUCCCCAAUAUGACCAACAAUCGCAAUUCCAACUGCAACCUUUGUGGCAGCCACAUUACACUAAUCAAUUGGAGUACACACCAGAUGUGUCCAUAUAUGACUACCUACAUGAACCCGCUCACAUAUACAAUACCGUUCUGGGCGCAACUGAAAGCAAAGGCAACCUGGAUGGACAGACGACUUCUUGGUACAUCGAUGCACUUGAAAAUGGUGCCGAAGAAGGUGACGCAAAUAUUUACAACACCAAGGGAAAUGAAUUGACUUCAGAGCGACGAAUUCAAGACAAGGGCACAGGUGGCGAUAGCAGCAGUACCAAUGUCGACUCAAUCCCUAGCGGAGGGACGCUGAGCAAAAAUGUGUCCGACAAAGUGCAUUUGGCUGCACUUGAAGACAAUGUGCUAGCAAAUGGCGCUGAUAAGGAGAGAAAUGUUGACAACGCAGAUUACCACUUGCGAUACUUUUAUGGAGUGCCCAAAAAGCACCACAAUAUGAAAAAGUAAGCUGUAGUCACGCUCUCAAGUACAACCACACACUCAUGAACAUCGCAAACAUAAUUUGAAGUUAUUCAGUCCAAGAACAUUUCUUUUAACACCAAUUAACCAAAUAUACUCUUAAAUGUUUGAAAAGGCAGAGCUUUUCAUUCAAUUAGCUUUGCUCUGCUUACUUUUACUUAGGAGAUAUUCAAAAGUUUAGAUGCUUAAGUUAAUAGCAUACUAGCAUAUAGUCUAUGAUAUGUAUAUUUAUAUUCAAAUAAAUAUUUUAGAGAAACUGUUGUAAUUCCUAUGUGACUUAAUGUUGUUGUGACAUUGUAAUUGAACUAAAUAUGAUAAAAUCGUGUUUAGUGUUAAAUAUAAUGUUUUUAGAAAUGCAUUAAAUGUAAAUGUUAUAUGUAAUAUGUACUUAAUAGCUCGCGUAUAUUACUUUUGAGGGAUAAACUCCGCCUGUUCGCCUGUUCGCCUGUUGGUAUAAAAAAUUUAAGCGCACCACGGUCAUUUUAUUUAUUAUAAAACAAUGUAAUAAAAAUAUGUUGCUGUUUUGAGGAAAAUUUAGUGGCACUCGUGUGGAAAGAAGUCAAUGAUUAUGCCUGAAUAAAGUUCACUUAGUGCAAUUAUUCACAGUUAAGGAAGUGAGAAUGUAUGGCACAACAUUUGUCAUUCACAAAAGAUUAUAUGUUAUUAUAUAUACAUACCUGUUUUUUAAACAAAUAUACUGAACAACAAAUAACAUCUCGUCUUUUUCUUCAAGUAUUCAUUUAUUGGGUUGUGUAAAGAUAUGUUUCUAAGUAUACUCAAACUGUAGUUGUAUUAAGAUUCUUAAAUUAUACACGGUUUCGUGUUCCUGGAUGUGCCACUUUACGCCAAAAUCAAAAACUUUUAUUCAGUAGAUUAUGUAAAUGACCAACCAUGAAGUGUGAACGCAUAUUCAAACAUAUAACGCGAAAUUACGUCAUAAGAAAGCUCAAAGAAUGUCAGGAAUCAUAAACGCAACACACAAUAUAAUUGAAAUGGGAGAGGAUUUAUUACACCAACAAUUGAAAUCGCAUAGCUUCACCAUUCGAAAAUAAAGUUCAUAAUCAUGGAAGAGUAGAGGUCGAGUUUAACCAUGUAUAUCUGAAUCCCAAAGUCGUAAUCAGCUCUAAGAGCUUCCUCAGAACUAUUAUACCUACUAUAUUAAAAGCAUACGUUAAUGUUGUUGUUCACUAAACCAAGUUUUGUAUGUUAUCGUUAAAAAAAUAUUAUGACGGAUCUAAGACACAAUUGAUUUCACUGGCAUUCAAAGUUUUCAAAUCGACAACUUCCGCGGGCGGAAACGAUUUUUGAAUAACACAUUUAAUGCUUAUGUAUGUACAUGCUAUCUUUCUUUGGCAAAACCUGCUUUAAAGAAAACUAAUCAAUAAUACAGGAUUGUUAUAAGUAAUUAAAUAAAUCCUAUACAAAAAAAAAAAACGAAAUACACAUUGAAUUCAGACCAAGGCAGCUCGUAACUUUAAGGUAUAGUUUAAAAAUAUAUUUUACAAAGUAAGAUUGUAUGCUUCAUUUUAUUAAACAUAAGCAAACAGAUUUCAUUCAAUAAAAAAACUUAAAACAUAUUAUAAAAAAAUAUUCUGAUUGAUUACAUCUAAAAUCUAAAGUACAAAUACCAUGGCGUUAUAUGAUUGGUUCGAAUGUAAUGAAUUUCUGAAAAGUAGCUACAUGAAAUAUCCAUACAAAUGUAUAUAAGAAGUAAUAUCUAAAAGGAAGAAUUAUUUACUGUUAGAAAUAUAUGCUAUCUACAGAGUUGUAUACAUACAUACAAGUAUUUUCAAACUAAAGAAUAACAACAAAUAUUUAUUGCUAAUAGUUUCGCAACAAUUUUUAAUUUUAUGUUAAAUAUAAAUGUAUUUAUCUUAAUGUUGAUACAAACAUUUUAGAAAAAUUUAGAAAUCAAAACAUGAAAGUAAGGUCAAUUCAAUUGGCGUGACCUCGGAUCCAGCUCUUGUAAAUAUUCCAGUUCUCCACAAUGCAAAAUAAAGUGAAUUGUAAUUAUUUAUUAUAGAUACACAUAUAAAUACAUACUUACUUACCUACUUACAUAUACAGAUACACAUGCAUUGAAAAGUAUUGAAAAAAUAAAAUGUAAUAUGUAUUUUAAAUUAAAAUAAAAUGGCUCAUGAAGUGAACAGUAAGUUCAAACCUUUUUUAUGAUAAUACGAUUUUUGAACUGAGGAAAUUAAUUUCAAUCACAGCAUUUCAAAUCAUUUGAAGCGUCGAAUCAUGAGGAUUUUUUCAGCACUAACAAACA